GCCGCCCAGCCGCUCUCCGCCAUGAAUCAGGCCCAGAUCCCUUCGGCAGAAACCAAGCCCCACGGGGCCAGGCCCCACAUCUGCUGUGCGCCCCCUCCCCGCGCCCCCAGCUCUCUGGGCAGUCCCACCCUCCUGGUCAGAGCCAAGCCCCGGCGCAGCAGCCCCCAGCCGGGCCAGCCCGCGGACAGCGAGCCCUGCGCGGCGGAGCGGAGCCGAGACGAUCCCCGGGACAUCACCGACCCCUGCCCGUCGGAGACAGCCCCCGACGGCGGCUGGCUCAGCGCCGACGAGUCCUCGGGCUACGAGAGCGAGAGCGCGGGCGGGGAGCGCGCCGGGGCCGCGGCGGCGGGCGGGGAGCGCGGGCGGCAGCGGCGGGCGCGCACCGCCUUCACCUCGGAGCAGGUCUGCCGCCUGGAGAAGACCUUCCAGCGCCAGAAGUACCUGGGCGCCACGGAGCGGAGGAAGCUGGCGGCUGCCUUGCAGCUCUCGGAGAUCCAGAUCAAGACCUGGUUUCAGAACCGGAGGAUGAAACUGAAGAGACAGAUACAGGACCACCAGCACAGCCUCGUGUCCCCUGUUCCAUUCCACAGCUACGCCCCGGGGACCUCGCCAGCUCUGUUUCAGGACGGUCUCCACUACCCCUUUGCUGCCCAGCACCAGAGACUCCUGCCUUUCACCCCGAUGCCUGCUGUGCAGUUCAGCUUCUCCUUUCCCAGAUACGACGCAUCGCAAAGCACCUACCACUUUAUGGCAAAUGAACUGCCCUACUACCAUCAACACCUUCUUCCUCAUCCUUCUUUCCAUCCGGUUAUUCAGAACAAAAUGGACAGGCAAUGCCACCCAGUAUAUGCAUUAUAGUGAUAAAGAAGUGUUUUAUACUGUAAUGUAUUUCAUGCUCAGACUUUCUUCCUAAUUUGGACGAAUGUCUAUUAUUUUAAGUUAAAUAUGAACAUGAAUAAUUUUAUAUUUGAUAAUUAAUAUUAAAAUACUAAUCUAGUCUAAAAUGUGUUAUGUAGAUGGUUUUCAUUGCUCCCCCUAGUU